AGCGCUGCCUGGUUUUUUUUAGCCCACUUUUCUUUUCCACUCGGUCCGCGGCGCUCGCCUGUCUCUGAUCCCGGAUCCCCGGACUCUCUGCCCGGAUCCUCCGAGAUGCUCUCCGCGCUCCUCCAGCUCCGACCCGCGGCUGGGAUCUAAACCAAGCCCGCUGACAACCCCGAGGAACCCGCGGCUCUUCUCUGGAUCAGGACGCGGCACUUUGAGGAAGCUCCAUCCCCCCCCCCCCCCCCCCCUCCUCCUCCUCCUCUUCCUCUUCCUCCUCCACCCCUCCUCUUCAUCGCUCCUCUUUUCUCCACCUUAAUCCAGGUGGUCCUCUGGCUUGUUUGAGCGGCUGGUGCAGGGAGGAUUAUUCUUCAUCUUCUGUCUUGUUCCUGGUGAAGACAAAGCUCCCAGAAGGACAAUCUGAUGUUCUCCAUCCAGGACAGCCUCCCCCGGGGGGCCCUGACCAUGAAGGAGGAGCCGCUCCCCACCGGCAUGACCCCGGUCCGCUCCUGGAUGCAGGGCGCAGGGAUUCUGGACGCCAACACUGCGGCCCAGAGCGGCGUUGGACUGGCCCGGGCCCACUUUGAGAAGCAGCCUCCAUCCAACCUGAGGAAGUCCAACUUCUUCCACUUCGUGCUGGCGCUGUACGACCGGCAGGGCCAGCCGGUGGAGAUCGAGCGGACCUCCUACGUAGACUUUGUGGAGAAAGACAAGGAAUAUAACGGAGAAAAGACCAACAACGGGAUCCACUACCGCCUCCAGCUGCUCUACAGCAACGGAAUCAGAACCGAACAGGAUCUUUACGUCCGGCUCAUCGACUCCAUGACCAAACAGCCGAUCCUGUACGAAGGUCAGGACAAGAACCCAGAGAUGUGCCGCGUCCUGCUCACCCACGAGAUCAUGUGCAGUCGGUGCUGCGACAAGAAGAGCUGCGGGAACCGGAACGAAACGCCUUCGGACCCGGUCAUCAUCGACAGGUUCUUCCUGAAGUUCUUCCUGAAGUGCAACCAGAACUGCCUGAAAAACGCUGGGAACCCGCGGGAUAUGCGGCGGUUCCAGGUGGUGGUGUCCACGACGGUCAACGUGGACGGACACGUCCUGGCCGUCUCCGACAACAUGUUCGUCCACAACAACUCCAAACAUGGCCGCCGCGCCCGGCGCCUGGACCCGUCCGAAGCAGCCACGCCGUGCAUCAAGGCCAUCAGUCCGAGCGAGGGCUGGACCACCGGCGGCGCCACCGUCAUCCUCAUUGGAGACAACUUCUUCGACGGUCUGCAGGUCGUCUUCGGCACCAUGCUGGUCUGGAGCGAGCUCAUCACGCCCCACGCCAUCCGGGUCCAGACUCCGCCCCGGCACAUCCCCGGGGUCGUGGAGGUCACGCUGUCCUAUAAGUCCAAACAGUUCUGCAAAGGAGCGCCGGGUCGCUUCGUCUACACCGCGCUCAACGAACCCACUAUCGACUACGGCUUCCAGAGGUUACAGAAGGUCAUCCCCCGUCACCCCGGAGACCCCGAGAGGUUACCCAAGGAGGUUCUGCUAAAGCGGGCCGCCGACCUGGUGGAGGCGCUGUACGGCAUGCCGCACAACAACCAGGAGAUCAUCCUGAAGCGCGCCGCCGACCUGACCGAGGCGCUCUACAGUGUGCCGCGCAGCCACAACCAGCUGCCGUCGCUGGCCGGCUCCGCCGCUCACUCCGGCAUGAUGAGCGUCAACUCCUUCAGCAGCCAACUGGCCGUCAACAUCAGCGAGGCAACGCAAGUCGACCAGGGUUAUUCCCGUAACUCCAACAGCGUGUCACCGCGUGGCUACGUGCCGAGCUCCACGCCGCAGCAGUCCAACUACAACACCAUCACGUCCUCCAUGAACGGAUAUGGCGCCGCCGCCAUGACCAACCUGGGCGUUCCCGGCUCCCCCGGAUUCCUCAAUGGAUCCACCGCCAACUCUGCUUACGCAAUCAAGCAGAAGAGCGCCUUCGCCCCCGUCGUGCGGCCUCAGACCUCCCCGCCCCCCACCUGCACCACCACCAAUGGCAGCAACCUCCAGGCCAUGGCCGGCCUCAUUGUGCCCCCCAUGUGAGGAACUGCUGAACCAGAACCGCCAGCAGCAGGACUUCCCGGACUGACCCUGCUGAUUCUGCUCCUCUGGAACUGGACGGGUCCAACGGCAGCUGUGGUUCUGAAGAAAAUGCAAAACAGAACAUUUCCUCCUCCACAGACCGGACGUUUGGGUUUCCUGGUACCAGGAAGCGGUUCUGGUUCCGGUCCAGCGGGUCACACGCUGCUCCUGGUUUGUUCCUCCGCUGAUGCACAUCUGGAUCUUUUGCUGCUCCUCCAGAUGUUUGCAGCUCCAGAGUUGGUUCUGUUGGACUCUAGAGGUUCUCCAGAACCCGUCCUGGUCCCAGUGGAUCCAGUCGGACCUAGUCCAGUUCAUUCUGUUUGGUUUGUUUGAAUCCGAGCCGGACCAGAACGUUCUGGUCCAGCGGAGUGUUUUCCUUCUGGUCCCGUGCCGUCCGCCAUGUUUGUUUCCUCAGGCAGGAAACAGGAAGCUGCAGAGGUCAGCUUCCUGUUUCCUGCUCACGUUUCUUUCUGUAGUCCGGUUCGGUUUGUGUCCGGGUCUGACCCGGUUCUGUUCCUUGUGAUUCUUUUCCAUGUUUUUCUGAGCGAUUCGAUCCAUAAACCUGGAAAUCUUUUAGAUCCUGUAAAAACACAAACCAAGAAAAAAAUCCUGUUUUUGUAAAAAAAAAAAAAAAAAAAGAAGAAAAAAAAAUCAGGUGGCGAUUGACCUCAGAAAGCAGGAAGUAAAACUUUCAUCACUUUUGUACAAAAAGCUUUUUUCCAAUAUUUAACUUUUUGUAAACGACUUUGUGUUUUUGCUGCUUUUCCUCGUCGGUGUUUUAUUGUGAAAUCUAUAUUCUUGCUUAUUUCUAAAUGCACUGUCAUGGUUGGAGCACUAAAGAAGAGAAACGAUGAAACCACAAACCGUCCCUGCCACGACAAACCUUUAUGCUAACCUCAUAAUGUCACGCAAUACUCCAGGACAUUCCAGGAUAUUCCAGGAUAUUCCUACAUCAGGGACAGAAUGGUUGGUUCUUUUUAUGAGCAUCAGAUUUUAAAACGUUCUGUCCCCUGAUCCGGAUCGUCAGAACCGGGUCCAGGUUAGAUCUCCAGAAACAAACAAAGGAACAUUUUAGCAACAUCAAGAACUUAAAGUUAUGAAAAUUUGGUUAAAAUGUUCAAGUUUAUGAAGUUAUUUGUUGUUUCUGUUUUGUUUCUGCAGAGAAAAGAGAAUAUUUCAGUUUUCAGGAUUUUCUCAGGUUCUCCAAAACUUUCAAGGUUUUCAUUUCUUCACUCCCAGCCAUAAGAAAUGAUUCUGAACAUUAAUAUGAGAUCCUGUGAAGUUUCAGUGAACAACUGAUUAUUUUAGCUUUAAUGUCGACGUUCGCUCCACGUCUGGCUCCGCUCUCAAAAUGUUCCAUUUCCUGAACUGCUCCAGGUUUUUCAAGGCUUUUCAAGGGAGCAGGGUUGAUGGUGACUGGGAAUAAAAUGCUGUUUCCAUGGGAACCAGCAGCUCCAGUUACUUCCCCCUGAACUCUGCGACCUAGGACCAGCCGUCUCCAAUCAGGUCCUCAGUUCAGAAAGGUUUUGUUUUCUUCAAUGUGAAAGAGGCCAGAGGUUUAUGAUCUUUGUGAAAUAUGAAAUAUAUCAAAGUAUAUCAAAGCACAAUGUUUACUUAUUGUCUUUAGAACGGACCCCCGGGGCGGGUUGGGGCCCCCGGCCCGGGGCCUGGGUUUUUCUGUCUCCGGCUGUAAAUUGCUGCAUGUCUUCUGUUCUCAGAUGUUUGCUGUGAUUCGUGCUUUUUGUACAGAAAAGGUCUAAUAAAGAUUAACGUUUGGCUUCAA